AUGUCAAAAUCAGACACUGAUUUGUCAAUCCCUCGCACCGAAAUAAGUUCUGAGGACCUCCUUCACAAUAUUACCACACGACAUAAAAGGCCGCGUCAGGGCUCCUCAUCACCUACCCAAGUGAAUCAAUUUAGCAGUGAUUUGAGGGAAAUGAUGGAGGCACUCCACACAUCAUCUAUUAAUCAACAAAAAAUGAUGAAUAAACUAAUAGAAGAGGUCGCUGAGAUCAAAAAACAAAAUAUUAAAAUCCAAAAAUCUAACGUGCAAAUUGAAAAUACCUUGGAAAGCCUAAAAAAUAGUAAUGAAAAUAUGUUGAAAAGAAUACAGCUUCUUGAAAAAGAGCGCUUUGAUCAACAAAACUAUAUAGUCAGCCUAGAGAAGAAAAUAGAGAACAUGCAGCAGACUUCUCGUCCAUCCAAUGUUGAAAUACGAAAUGUUCCAGCGGUCCAGGAAGAAUCGUUUACGGACCUGACGGCCCACCUACAAAAUAUAGGACAAGCACUACAUGUGGAAAUCCAACCCUCGGAUAUACGUGACACUUACCGCAUAGGAAAGAAUAAAAUAAUCGUUGCCGAAUUUCAAUCUGUUCACCUGAAGAAUAAAGUUUUGGCAGCGGCACGCAAAUAUAAUAAAGAUCACAGUGGAGACCAACGACUCAACACUUCCAAUAUUGGCCUUGCAGGGGACCCCACCCCCAUAUACAUAUCCGAGUACCUUGCAGGAAGCAACAGGAAGCUGUUCUACGAGGCCCGAGAAUACGCUAAAGCCAACAAUUACAAGUUUUGCUGGACCGGAAACGGAAAUAUUUACAUGAAGAAGGAUGAGCAAUCGAAAGCGAUUCGCGUAGACUCUGAAAUCACGCUGAACUCUCUCCUAACAAAACAAUGA